AUGAGACCAAACACAACACUACACAAGACCGCGAUACCCACAUUCGAUCCAUCCUUGCCUUCACCUUUAGCAGCACGAUGGCUCACCUCGACCUCCUCCGUCGCAAAGGACGCAACAACAGCAGUAACCCCCGCAAAACCCUCAACCCCGACGGAACUCAAAACAAUCAAGACCGCACCACCAAAGACCGAAAAAGAGGAAAGAGCCGAACAGCGCCGAGCAGAUAUCGCAAUCAUCAAAGAAAUGGGGCAAUACCUCUGGCCCAAAGACUCCUUCGGCACGAAAGCCCGAGUUGUGACCGCGCUCAUUCUCCUCGUUGGUGGAAAAGUGCUGAACGUCCAAGUGCCGUUCUAUUUCAAGUCGAUUGUGGAUUCCAUGAAUGUCGACUUCUCGACGACCGGGGGUACGGUGACGACCGCCGCUGGUGCUCUCAUUCUCGGGUAUGGUCUCGCACGGAUUGGGUCUACGGCUUUUCAGGAGUUGAGGAAUGCGGUGUUUGCGAAUGUUGCGCAGACUGCGAUUAGGCAGGUUGCGAGGAACGUAUUCGGGCAUCUCCUACGAUUGGAUCUAGGAUUCCAUCUCAGUCGGCAAACCGGAGGUCUCAGCCGUGCAAUCGACCGUGGUACGAAAGGUAUCUCGUUCUUGUUGACGAGUAUGGUAUUCCACGUCAUCCCCACAUCCCUCGAAAUCACCAUGGUUUGCGGUAUCCUAACCUACCAAUUCGGUCCCGCCUUCGCCGGCGCAACGCUCGCAACAAUGAUCGCCUACGCCCUCUUCACGAUCCAAACAACAGCCUGGCGCACAAAAUUCCGCAAAGCAGCAAACGCAGCAGACAACCAAGCCGCAACCGUGGCAGUCGACUCCCUCAUCAACUACGAAGCGGUCAAAUACUACAAUAACGAGAAAUACGAGAUCAGGCAGUAUGAUAAGGCGUUGAAGAAGUAUGAGGAUGCCAGUUUGAAGAUUGCGACGAGUUUGGCGUUUUUGAAUGUGGGGCAGAAUGUGAUUUUUUCAAGUGCGUUGACGUUGAUGAUGUAUUUGGCGUGUCGGGGGGUUGCGGAUGGGAGUUUGACGGUGGGGGAUUUGGUUAUGGUUAACCAACUUGUCUUUCAGCUGUCGCUGCCACUAAACUUCUUGGGCUCCGUGUACCGCGAGUUGAGGCAGUCGUUGAUCGACAUGGAGACUUUAUUCAACCUCACCAAAGUUAACGUCACCGUCAAGGAAACACCCGCAGCGCCUGAUCUCAUCCUCAAAGGCGGCGAAAUCAAAUUCGAAAACGUCAGUUUCGGGUACCACCCCGACCGCCCCAUCCUCCGCAACGUCUCCUUCACCAUCCGUCCCGGCAAAAAAAUCGCGAUCGUCGGUUCCAGCGGAUGCGGAAAAUCGACGAUCCUCCGUCUCUUGUUCCGGUUCUACGAUGUCCAGAGUGGACGGAUCUUAAUUGAUGGACAGGAUAUCCGGGAUGUCAGUUUGGAUAGUUUGAGGAGGGCGAUUGGGGUUGUGCCGCAGGAUAUGCCGUUGUUCAAUAAUACGAUCGAGCAUAAUAUCCAAUACGGGCGUAUCGAGGCAACGAGGGAGGAAAUCGAGGCAGCGGCGAAGAGGGCGAGAAUUCAUGAUACGAUCAUGUCUUUACCAGAUAGAUACGAGACAAAGGUUGGAGAACGUGGAUUGAUGAUUUCGGGUGGCGAGAAGCAGCGGUUGGCGAUUAGUCGGUUAUUGCUGAAAGACCCUCCGAUCUUAUUCUUCGACGAAGCCACCUCUGCACUCGAUACCUACACCGAACAAGCACUCCUCCAAAACAUCAACUCCAUCCUUCGCGAAAAACGCCGGACGAGUAUUUUCGUCGCGCAUCGUCUUAGGACAGUCUUGGAUGCUGAUGAGAUUAUCGUGUUGGAUAAGGGUGUCGUGAUGGAGCAGGGUACGCAUGGGGAUUUGAUUGAUCGGGGGGAUACGCUGUAUAGUAGGUUAUGGGCUGCGCAGGAGGUUUUGCAGGAGGAUGCGUAUGAGCCGGAGACGGAUGAACUCAAGGAAGCGGAUCCGGAGACGACGAAGAGUGUGUAA